GGUGCUACAGCAGGCAGUGAAUGUGACACUGCUAAAUGCAUCAAAGUGGAACUCAAAGCUGCAGCUGUAGUGCUGUUCUUUCUCCCUUAGUUUCAGCACUUUAUCAACAUUUAUCAUCUGUGCGUGCAAAACAAAGGGCUCUUUGAUGUACAAUACCACAGAAAUGUGAAAAACAUUUAGACCAUAAGGUUUGGCUUCUGAAAAAAAGAAACCACUACUCCUGUUUCUUGCUUACAUGAUCAUUGCAUUUUCCUCCUCCAGCAGAUUUUUCAGGAAAUAACACUGAACAUAUGCUCCAAGGAUGUCUCUCUCUCUUAUAAUAAAAUGGGGUGGACAGGAGUAUACAAUAACCUCACUAUCAGAAGAGGACACAGUGUUGGAUCUGAAGCAAUCUCUUAAAGGCCUUACUGGAGUGUUACCAGAGCGCCAAAAAUUACUGGGACUUAAAAUGAAGGGGAAACCCGCGGAUGAUGAUGUUAAGCUUGGAGCUCUCAAGUUAAAACCAAAUACUAAAAUCAUGAUGAUGGGCACUCGUGAAGAGAGUUUGGAAGACGUCCUUGGGCCACCUCCUGAUAACGAUGAUGUCAUCAAUGACUUUGAUAUUGAGGAGGAAGUUGUGGAAGUAGAAAACAGGGAAGAAAAUCUACUAAAAAUUUCUCGCAGAGUUAAAGAAUACAAAGUGGAAAUUCUGAAUCCUCCCAGGGAAGGAAAAAAGCUGCUGGUGCUAGAUGUUGAUUAUACACUAUUUGACCACAGAUCUUGUGCUGAAACUGGGGUAGAAUUGAUGAGGCCAUACCUUCACGAGUUCCUGACAUCUGCAUAUGAGGAUUAUGAUAUUGUAAUUUGGUCUGCUACUAAUAUGAAGUGGAUUGAAGCUAAAAUGAAAGAGCUUGGUGUGAGCACUAAUGCAAACUACAAGAUAACCUUUAUGUUGGACAGUGCUGCCAUGAUAACAGUGCACACUCCUCGAAGAGGACUAAUAGAUGUGAAGCCUCUUGGUGUUAUCUGGGGAAAAUUUUCAGAAUAUUACAGCAAAAAGAAUACUAUUAUGUUUGAUGAUAUCGGCCGAAACUUCCUAAUGAAUCCACAGAAUGGACUCAAGAUAAGGCCUUUUAUGAAAGCACAUUUAAAUCGAGAUAAAGACAAGGAGCUUCUAAAGCUCACUCAGUACCUCAAAGAAAUCGCAAAAUUAGAUGACUUUUUGGAGCUGAAUCAUAAACACUGGGAAAGGUAUCUUUCAAAGAAACAAGGACAAUAACAGUAACAAAAUUGUUUAGCACUGAAUCAAAGGGAACUUAACUCAGAUCAUUGGACUUUUCCUUGCUUAUACGCUAGAGUAUAAUAGUGCUGGACACUGGAUACAAUGCCAGAACGACUGCUAUACUUGGUCUUCCAGUUGGGUGGUUGUGGGUUAUUUUUAGUUGUUGUUUUGUUUCAUGGUGGGGUUUUUUGCUUGUUUUCUCCUAAAGAUCACAGCAAUAAGCUCAAAGUGGGAGAAACAAGUCAGUUACUUUUCCUAACAUUCGGUUCUAUGUAUUAACUGAACUACAAAUAUUUUUCUCUCCUUUUCUGCUGAAUUACAACCAUAACUGUUAAAGACCAAAACCAUUCUGAAACUAGAAAAAAAAAAUUAGACCAAAAAAGUUGGGUAAGGAGCCAGUUUUGGCAGUGUAUGAAUUGUAUAAGCCCUUUAUUCCCUCCAUCUUUAGAAACAGUCUCCCUCACCCAGUCCAGUAUUUAAAUCUAUAAAUUACAAGUUGUCUAAGUUUGGUAUGUAUUAGUAUGUCAGUGUUUCUCUGUGCAAGACAGUAAGAUGGGAAGGUACCACCUCUGUGGCCAGUUUCUCCCAGUAUGUGAACUUGUACUAUAAAGCAGUGUUUACUGGAAAACAGAAGACUGAAAACUGAGGGAGAUAAUCCCACUCCUAUCUGGUAACUGAAAAGCAGUCUGCCUGAAAAAUUCUCAUACAUCAGACAAAGGGUUUAGACCUCAGAUGGGAAAGUCACAUCCCUAAUAAAGCAUGAACAAAACCCUUGUUCUCUUCUAGCUCAAUCUUGUCAAAGUGCAAACACUGUGUUUAAAUACAAUAUCCAGCCAUACUGUUCUUAAGAUAUCAUUUCCUUGCGCUGCUUAUGCCUGCACUAUAGAAGUGUGAUGUGACUGCUGUUUGGCAUUACCAACACUUGUGCAUUAUGCAGUUCAUGUAUUUGAAAGAAGUCUGACCCUUUCAAAUAAAAAUGGUAUAUAUUGUUCUUAAGGAACUAUAGCAGUUGUGUAAAUAAUAAAUACCUUUUUCAUAA